GGGCGGGGGCGGUAUCACGUGCCGCCGGGAGGCGGCUGGAGGGCUCCAGCUGCGAACUGCCGGGAAGGGUUCGCUGCCUGCCGACGGGGUCGGCGGUGAGCGGCUGAGGGAGGGCCGAGUCCGCGUGCCGGCAGAAUGUCCCUGGCUGCUUAUUGUAUCAUCUGUUGCAGAAGAAUAGGAGCCUCAACUCCUCCUCCCCAAAGCACCACGUACUGGAGAGACAUCAGAAAUAUAAUAAAGUUUACUGGAUCACUUAUUUUAGGCGGUUCUUUAUUUCUUACAUAUGAAGUUCUGGCUCUGAAGAAGUCUUUGACAUUAGAUACUCAAGUAGUAGAAAGAGAAAAAAUGAAGUCAUACAUAUAUUUGCACACAGUUUCUUUAGAUAAAAGAGAAAAUUAUGGAAUCACUUACCAGGCAAGAAAAGAGCUUCACAAAGCAGUAAGAAAAGUUUUGGCAACAUCAGCCAAGAUACUGCGGGGCCCAUUUGCCGACACUUUUAGUACCAUCGAUGUGGAGGAUCAUGAAUGUGCUGUGUGGCUGCUCCUGAGGAAGAGCCAGUCGGGGGACAGGACAGCGCGAUUGCAGGCCGUACAGGAGAUGUCGGAGACCCACCACUGGCACGAUUACCAGUAUAGGAUAAUUGCUCAAGCCUGUGAUCUGAGAACUCUUAUCGGUUUGGCACGAAGCAAAGAGAGUGAUCUUCGUUUUUUCCUGCCACCACCUCCUUUGCCAUCUUUAAAUGAAGAUACUUGCAUUGAAGAAGAGCUCAGACAGUUGCUGGCUUCUUUACCUCAAACGGAGCUAGAUGAGUGUAUCCAGUAUUUCACAUCUUUGGCUCUGAGUGAAAGCAGUCAAAGUCUAGCUGCUCAGAAGGGUGGCUUAUGGUGUUUUGGAGGAAAUGGACUUCCUUAUGCUGAAAGUUUUGGAGAAGUUCCUUCAGCUACAGUGGAAAUGUUCUGUUUAGAAGCUUUGGUAAAACAUUCUGAGAUACCCACACACUGUGAUGAAAUUGAAGCAAAUGGAGGCUUGCAACUACUUCAGAGGCUGUACCAACUUCACAAGGAUUGUCCCAAAAUACAGAGAAAUAUAAUGCGUAUCAUUGGAAACAUGGCUUUGAAUGAACAUCUUCAUUCUACUAUAGUUCACUCAGGUUGGGUUUCCAUACUGGCAGAAGCAAUGAAGUCUCCCCGCAUAAUGGAGGCCUCACAUGCCGCCAGAACCCUGGCUAAUCUAGACCGAGAGACCAUGCGAGAAAAAUACCAGGACGGUGUGUACGUACUACACCCCCAGUAUCGCACAAGUCAGCCCAUUAAAGCAGAUGUCCUUUUUAUUCAUGGCCUUAUGGGAGCAGCAUUCAAAACAUGGCGCCAGCAGGACAAUGAGCAGCUUUUAACUGAAAAGAUUUUAGAGGACGAUGCCAGGUAUACAACAUGUUGGCCUAAGACAUGGUUGGCAAGAGACUGUCCUGCUCUCCGAAUUAUAUCUGUGGAGUAUGACACCAGCCUGAGCGACUGGAGAACGAGGUGCCCGAUGGAAAGGAAGUCCAUUGCAUUCAGGAGCGACGAGCUUCUGAGGAAGCUCAGAGCUGCUGGUGUUGGGGACAGGCCAGUCAUUUGGGUGUCACACAGCAUGGGAGGUCUUCUUGUCAAAAAGAUGCUGUUGGAAGCCUCUAAGAAGCCAGAAAUGAGUACUGUUAUAAACAAUACCAGAGGAAUAAUUUUUUAUAGCGUCCCUCAUCAUGGAUCCCAUCUGGCUGAAUACUCUGUUAAUAUUCGCUAUCUUCUCUUUCCCUCCUUGGAAGUCAAAGAACUCAGCAAGGAUUCUCCUGCACUUAAAACACUACAGGAUGACUUUCUGGAGUUUGCUAAAGACAAAAACUUCCAGGUGCUGAAUUUCGUGGAAACACUGCCAACUUACAUUGGUAGCAUGAUUAAACUGCAUGUGGUACCUGUGGAAUCAGCAGAUUUAGGCAUUGGAGAUCUAAUUCCUGUGGAUGUUGACCAUUUGAACAUUUGUAAGCCAAAGAAAAAAGAUGCUUUUUUAUACCAGCGUACCUUACAAUUCAUCUGUGAAACUUUAGCCAAAGAUCUUGAAGACUGACCGUUAUCUUCUUCCAUUUUGCAAGAAAUUUGGUGUUCUCUUUCUCUUUUAAAGCUCUAAGCAAUCAUGCAAACAUAUUCCCUAUGGCAUCACUGUGGUCUGAAGCAUGUUGCAGGCAACAGCCUGUUCUCAUUUCAUGCACUGAAAAGCACAAACCUAAAGUGGCAAUCAAAGAAUGAAGGGCUAGACUGGAUUCUUUUGAUUUAAAAGAAAUUCCAUGUGCACUAGCUUAUGUUUUGCAGCGUUGGCCCUGGUGCAGAGAGCAAGCAGCUACGGACAGAGACUGCCUUUUGUCAUCUGUGACCGUCUCCAGCUCAUACCAGGAGGAACACUGAUGGUUUCUCAAGGGAGAGCAAUCAUCACCUUCCAUAAAAAUGCCAUUUGGAGAGUACCUAGAUUAGAGAGGAGACUGAACUAUGGAAUAUAAUAUAUAGAAUAUAAAUAUUUUUUGUUCUGGGUUUCCAUGUGCUGUAAAUUUAAAAAUAUAUAUCCGUGUAAACCUUUGUCUAACAUUAACUGUCAGACUUGUCAUCCAUGGGCAGUUCCUUACAAGUUUUUAUUUUCAUAUUGCUGAGAACAAAUAAUUCUCUUUUUAAAAGAAUUGUAGCCUCUAGUAAUUCUUUCCAGAUUGCAGCUACCUAUACUUGUAAUUUUUCCCAGAUAAGGAUAAAGUAGCUAAUCCAUAUAUAUAUAUAUAUAUAUCAGCAGUACUUAGUAUGAAGAUUCUCUGAUUCUCUUUAGCUAAGUAACAUAGACCUUUCUUUCAUGCUCAUUUGAAAGUUCCAUCAAUUGACCUUGAGCAUGUAAGAAAUAUGAAAUCACGUUAAUGACUUUUUAGUUUUAAAUAACAGCAUUAAGAUAGAAAUCGCGUAAUAUUGAUCCUUUUAAAUAUACAGUUGAUUUUUAGUGUAUAUACAGAGUUGUACGACCCUCCCCACUAUGUAAUUUCAGAACGUUGCAUCAUCCCCCAAAUUAACUCUAUACCCAUUAGCAAUCACUACUCACCUCCUUUCCCUUCAGCUCCUGCCAAACACUAAUCUACUCCCUCUAUGGAUUUGCGUAUUAUGGACAUUUCAUAUAAAUGGAAUCAUACAAUGUGUGGCCUCUGUGUCUGCCUUCUUUUAGCAUAAUGUUUUCAAGGUUCAUGUAUGAUGUAGCAUGUAUCAGUACUUCAUUCCUCUUUAUGGUCAAAUAAUGUUCAAUUGUGUGGAGAUAUACAUUUGUUUAUGCAUUCAUUGGCUGAUGAAUAUUUAGGUUCUUUUCACUUUUUGGCUAUUAUGAAUAAUGCUGCUGUAAACACGUACAAGUUUUUAUGUGGA